AUGCAGAGUCAGGCAAAAGGCACUGAGAGAUCGACCCUCGAGAACUCUCCUUUCGGCGUCCGACGCGGAAGCCUGCAGACCCUCUGGAGUCUCCCCUACUGUUUAGAAGACGAUUACUUCACACACGCACACGCUUCCGCGGCAAGAGCAAACCAACUGGCAAUCACCAGCAGAAGGGGGUACAAUCAACAGCACUCAGGUGCUGCCAUAGCAGCUGCUCCUUCGCGUGGCUCUGCUACGUUGGGAGAGUUCAACGAGGACCUUCGAAGAGCAGCAACAGCAGCAGAAAGAUGUGAGACUGAAGGUGCCCUUUCUUCGAUGUCAAAUGAUGAAACUGCGGCAGCCGAUAGAGCACGUGCGGCAGCAGAUUACAUGGUUGCAGCAGAUAAAGGCACAACAGCAGCACGCCAGCAGCAGGAGCAGCAGCAGAUACCACAUCAGCAGCAGGAGCAGAUAAUACAUCAACAGCAGCAGCAGAUAUCACGCCAGCAGCACAGCUGCACUUCAGCAGCAGAUGAUCCCGCAGAUGUGGCAGCAAAUGACACAAUUCCAGCAGACGGAAACACAUGUGAUGCAGCAGAUACCGCAGCUGCAGCAGGAGAUGGCAUAGGUGCACCAUCAGAACACAUGGUUACAGUACACGAAUGCUCAUCAGCAGCGGCGACUUGUACAGCUACAGCAGCAGGUGACGAUAUAGCUGCACCAGCCGACGGCAGAUUCACAGCUUCGGACGCCACCGAUGCGACAGAAGAUGCAGGUGACACUGCUGCCGCCGCACCAACAAGCACGCUUACAGCAGCAGCAGCAGCAAGGGAAAACAGUUCACAAGCAGAUGACAGCACACACGUGCUUGCAGAUGACUCUGCCCCUCUUACUGCAGGGGCUGACAAGACGGCAGCGCCACAUGCCCAUGCAGGAGAAGCGCCUUGCAAAGCAAAGGAGCACAACAAGACAACGGCAUUAACUCAAACAGCUUCUACGGCAGCAGCAGUUGCCGACAGACUUGUAGAUGCAGGAGAAAGUGCGUGCCAGUCGAACAGCACGGCAGCACAUACCCUUCGGGAGCAGGUUAAUGUUGCACUGCACGCCCUCUCGUUUUCUGCAGCUUCAGAUGUCGCUGCGGCAACUGGAGGUGCUGUGUCAGCAGGGCAUGCGCCAGCAGAAAAAGCAGCAUCCGUACCGUCAAGCUUUGAAAAUGCUGGCGGCAGUGGCAGCCCUCAUGAGCCUUUCUCGACUUUAUCUGUUGCUGAGGCGUUGCAGCAACGGCAGCAGCAGCAACUGCAGCAGCAGCAGACACCAGCACAAGAGGAACAGUUGCGACAAAGCGUGCAGCAAGUGCACCACAACCACCCCACUGCGCCCCUCCCGCCAUGCGAAGAUGAAGGACGAGCAGCAACUGCUGAGCCCCCAACAGUUACAAGAUCAGGAAAUAGAGCGCGAUGUGUGCCGCCUCCAUCGGGCAGAGGAAAAGUUGUGGCUGCAUCACCAGAGUCGGCAGCAGCAGCAGCGCUGGUCCUGGCAGAAUUUGCUGCACCUGCGUUUGCAUCCGGAAGCUCCUUUGGGGGUUGUACCGCCUGCUCUCCCUUUCUGUGUUCAGUGUGGCUUGAGCCUCUCCCAGGAAGCCCUCAGGGAGGAGCAACAGCAGCACCUGCUGCUGCAACAGAUGGCAUUUUACCGGUUUCAACUGCAGGCAUACCUCGAAAACUAUCACGGCCCCUUUACAGUAAACCAGCAGGUACAGAUAGAACAGCACGUAUUUAUGAGGCUGAAAGUGGAAGGCAACAGGCAGUAAGAGAAACAAAUAAUAGACAAGUAAAUGCAGCCACAGAAUGCUAA